GCGUUCUCCCGGCCGGUACUACGUAACAUAUCCCUCCGCGCUCUCCGUCUCAGACACGGCGAAUCAGCCGCACUCCCAAGCCAGGCGGAAGUAGCCAACGUCGAGCGCCUGUCAACGAAAACACACCGUGGGGACACGCACUGGCCAACGGUAAUGCUUCCAAGCGACGUUCCGACGCCGCUUUCCGUUUCCCCGCCGUAGCUUUCCCCUUCUUCCUCCGAGCAGAGAAUGGGCGGCGGAAGGACACAAGUGCCAGGGACUACUUGUUACGGUAGCUGUGCUGCGGCCUCGGCCCCCGCCGCCAUCUUGAAUGUUAAUGUUUCCUUCCAAAGAUAUAUAUUUAUAUAAAUAUCCCACGUCCCCCCCAAGUCGUCACUGGUGCCAUUUAACCCCUUGUGUCUCAGCCGGUGUAGUGAAGUUUGUCUCGGCAGCCUGGACCCCCCUCCUGCACGUGUUUCCAUAACGACAUCGACAACACUGCUAUUUACAUUAUAAAUCCGUUUUGUGCCAUUUAGGGCUGUCGUCCGAUCGCCGGAUCCGUGUGAGGGGAGAGGUGAUCGGUCACCCCAGCUCAGUACCAGGUACAAUCAUUUGACGCAUUCUCCGGUCCCAUUCAGAGUGAGACUAAAUGCAACUAGGCCAGGCUGAAUGUUGGCAUGAAGUGGUUGGGCGAAUCCAAGAACAUGGUGGUGAAUGGCAGGAGACAUGGCAGCAGGCUGUCCCAUGAACACCAUCGGAGUCGGGCCAAGCUGCACAGAUCAGGAAGAGGAAAUUUAAGAGGCACUAAACAUGUUUCUGAUAGAAGAUCAAGCAGGUGUAGUGGUGGAUCUACACAUGUUUUUGAAACUCAGAGCCGCUAUGUACCAUCAUCGGGGAUGACCGCUAAAGAGCUCUGCGAAAAUGAUGACCUUGCAACAAGUCUGGUGCUGGACCCCUACUUAGGGUUUCAGACUCACAAAAUGAAUACAAGGUUUCGUCCAAUAAAAGGGAGGCAGGAAGAGCUAAAGGAAGUGAUUGAACAUUUCAAGAAAACUGAACAUUUAGAGAAAACCUUCAAAAAUCUAAUAUCUGGUGACUGGUCACGACACUAUUUUCUUAAUAAGAAUAAAGCACAGGAGAAACAUUUCAAGGAACAUGUGUUUAUUUAUUUUAGGAUGUUUGCAACACACAGCGGGUUUGAAAUAUUGCCUUGCCAUCGAUAUUCUUCUGAACGAAAUGGAGCCAAAAUAGUUGCAACUAAAGAAUGGAAACGUAAUGACAAAAUAGAACUUCUUGUGGGAUGCAUAGCUGAGCUUUCAGAAGCUGAAGAGAAUAUGCUUCUACGUCAUGGAGAAAAUGACUUUAGUGUCAUGUACUCAACAAGAAAGAACUGUGCUCAGCUAUGGCUUGGACCAGCUGCCUUCAUCAACCAUGAUUGCAGACCUAAUUGCAAGUUUGUAUCGACCGGGCGUGAUACUGCAUGUGUCAAAGCGCUGCGUGAUAUUGAGCCAGGCGAAGAGAUCUCUUGUUAUUAUGGGGAUGGCUUUUUUGGAGAAAACAAUGAGUUCUGUGAAUGUUACACUUGUGAAAGGCGUGCAACUGGUGCUUUUAAAUCGCGCGUCGGUCUUAAUGAACCAAGUCCUGUGAUCAACAGCAAGUAUGGAUUACGGGAAACAGACAAACGUUUGAACAGACUCAAAAAGCUUGGUGACAGCAGCAAAAACUCAGACAGUCAGUCUGUCAGCUCCAACACAGAUGCAGAUACCUCUCAGGAAAAAUCUAACUCAUGCAGAAACAGAAAAUCUUCAGUUGGUGCGAGGAAGAAUGGAAAAAGUAGAACGUUGACAAAACAGUCUGUGUCACAAAUUCCAGUUUCAUCCUCUUCUACCUCAUCAAAACUCUCUCAUAUAAACAAUUCCAGGGUACCAAAGAGACUAAGAAAGCCUGUAAUGCCUUUCCAUUCUAAAAUUAAGAUGAGAAAUCACUGCAAACGACCAGAGCAGAGGAAUACAUCAAAAAAGCUUGAAGUAGGGAACGUAAUGCUUAAAGAACCUAAAGUAGUUUUGUAUAAAAACAUGUCCGUUAAAAGGGAUAAAGAGAGCGGGGGAUCAGCAAAAUUGAAAGAAACCACUGGUUGUUUAACAAGACAUGCAGCAAGAGAAUAUAAACGGAAUUCUUCAAAGGGUGCUCUUGGUGAAUCAUCUUGUUCAUAUAUAACUCGUAGCUCUAUGAGGACAAGGAACUCUGUGGAAACACCUGAUGCUAAGCUUCCACCAAAUUCUUUGGAUGUUCAUAGAAGCAACGGUGAAAGUGUUUCACCAGUGCACAGAACUGAUUUUCAAGAACAGUCAUUCAAUAACAAUGAACUUGAUCAUGACACCUCAGACAGACAGGAGCGUAGACUUAAGAAAAAUGGUCUGUAUAAGUCUAGAAGGAAGUCUAAACAGAGCAAACACUUGAAACAGGCUGCUCACAUGGCUGUGUCAAAUUGUGAUUUUGAAUUGCCUGGCGAGGAUAAUACUUUGCCAAACAUGGUAAGUUCACAUUGUGAGUCAGAUGCUGUAAAUGCUAUUUCUGAUGGGCAUGCUGAUUAUAACGAUCUGAGGACAUCUUCAGAAGAUUACCCUGUAGUCCGUUCAGAAAAAAGGACAGAAAAAAUAAUCAGAACUGUGAAAAGUAAAAAAAGCAGACGAAUCACAAGAUAUGACGCACAGUUAAUUCUUGAAAAUAGCACUGGAAUUCCAAAACUAACUCUGCGUAGACGCCAUGACAGCAACAGCAGCAAAGCCGAAAAGGAGAAUGAUGAUGGCAUGGGCUCAUCCAAAAUUAGCAUUAAACUGAGUAAAGAUCAUGAAAAGGACAAGAACAAUUUGUAUGUAGCAAAACUUAACAAUGGUUUUAACUCAGGAUCAGGUAGUAGUUCUACAAAACUAAAGAUUCAGCUAAAGAGAGAUGAGGAAUCAAGAGUGUCCUUUCCAGAGGAACUUCAUGAAAAUGGUGUAUAUUGUAAGGAUGCAUUGUCUCUGCUGGGAACCAGAAUGGAAGUUAACAAUUAUGAUCAUUAUGAGGAAGAAAGUAUGGAGGAUUCUUCAUCAUCAUCAGAGGAAGAAGAUGAAUAUGACGACGAUUUUGAGGAUGACUUUAUUCCUCUACCACCAGCAAAACGUUUGAGAUUGAUUGUUGGAAAGGAUUCAAUAGACAUUGAUAUAUCGUCUAGGCGGAGAGAAGAUCAGUCUUUGCGUCUGAAUGCGUGAAAUAUUAAUAUUUUUUUAGGUUGAUCUCAACAGUCAUUUUUACUCAUUUACCUAUAAAAUAAACUUAUUCCAUUUAAUUAUUCCUUUACUUCAAAAACUGUAAAUUUUAGAGACUGCACUUAUUAGUUCACUCUGAAAUGUAAUUGUAGAAAGUGUACAGCAUACCAACUUAAAUUUUUAAUUUUUACUGUACUUUUUAACAGUCUUCUUAUGUGCAAUUUUUUGAGUUAAAAAACAAAACAAAAAAAAAGUCAUUUGGGUUGUGUUGUAUAUGGGAGGACAAUGUACAUAUUAAACUUUCCACACAGGACAAUAAAAUGUAGUAGUGUGGCUACUCAGUCAUAUUUGUUUAAACCCCUAGGAGCUUUGUCAUUAAUAUUUUAACAAGAAUCACAGUAGUAACAUUACACUUUUUCUGUAGGUUGUUAUCACCAGCAAUGACUACACCUUUCAAAUUUAUUUGCUUACUUUCUUGUCCUUUUAAAAAUUCUACAAUCAGUCUGUUUUUACUGUACCUCUAUUCUAAGAAUUCUGUUUAUGGCCUUUUUUUUUUUUUUUUUAAACCAAAUUCUUCAUUUGGGCUUGUUUACACUAGGUGCAUUUUGUUACAUUCUUAAGAACAGGGACAAUGCAUGAACGUGAGUAAAUCCAUUAAUUUCAGAAGGGUUCUUUCACACUGACACAUUGCAUUAUGGUGUGUUAGGCAAAAGAGGCCUGCAUGCUACAUUCUUGGUUCGUUGAUCUGCAUUUUUUGACUUUCAAAUGGGAUCCUUCUUUGAAGCAUGUAAAAUGCAUCCAAAUCCACAUUGAAACACGUGCAUCUGGUGUAAAUGAGCCCUGAAUUUCUAAUUGAUUAAAACAAAAUAGCAGAAAAUUAUAUUUGCUUAUUUUAGUAGCACAUUUAUGUACAGGGCCUAGCCAUAUGCAGAAUACAAGUUUGGACAUGGGUGUAUUUAUUGCUUGUUUAUAUAAAUAUAUAAAAAAAAAAAAAAAAACUAAAAAAAAACUUAUAUUUAACACUUAAAAUUUAGAUAAAAUUGUUCUUUUUGAAGACUGAUUGGUGCUUAUUUUUUCAUGGAAGAGGCUGUGAAAAGGUGACAUGGAUAAAAUGUGUCCACUUAAGUGCAGCUGUCAUCAACAUACACAGAAAAUUAUUGUCCUCUCUUGCAGUUUGGCAAAGCUACAACUGACUGAAUGUUAUGAACAUUCUGACAGGGAGCUAAAGGUAUGUUAAUUUUUCCUUUUGUGUAAAAGUUAACUGUAUAUAAUGUAUAUAUGUGUGGUGAGGAGUUUCAUUUCUGCCAUAAAAAAAUGAUUUACCGUAAUAGUUAAAACUUAAGUAUUCAUGACAAUAAAAUAGGAAAUUGUAAACCCAAGUUUAUUAA